GGACCCGUUAUAGCAGAGAGGAUAACGCCGAGGAAGCUACAGUAGAGCGCGCCGGAGCAACAAUGGGGACUCAGGAGCAGCCCUGCUACACCCUCAUACAGGGCCCAACAGAUACUGAGCAGCCCUCGGAAAUGCAACUGAAGCAAGAUUUGGAAAAUGGAGACAUUCCUGUGAAAACUGCUGCCCUGAAAAAGGUUAUUCAGCUUAUAUUAAAUGGAGAACGCCUGCCUGGCAUACUGAUGACAGUGAUUCGCUUUGUGAUGCCACUGGAGGACCACACCAUAAAGAAACUCUUGCUAGUAUUUUGGGAAAUUGUACCCAAGACAACCUCGGAUGGCAAGCUGCUGCAGCAGAUGAUUCUUGUGUGUGAUGCUUACAGGAAGGAUCUGUCUCACCCGAAUGAAUUUAUCCGUGGAUCCACACUAAGAUUUCUUUGCAAACUGAAGGAACCUGAGCUGCUUGAGCCUCUGAUGCCCACCAUCCGCACCUGUCUGGAGCACAGACAUUCCUAUGUGCGCAGGAAUGCUGUUCUUGCAAUCUUUACCAUCUACAAGAAUUUUGACUUCUUGAUCCCUGAUGCACCAGAGCUGAUCUCUAACUUCCUGGAGGGAGAACAAGACAUGUCCUGUAAGAGGAAUGCAUUCAUGAUGCUUAUUCAUGCUGAUCAAGAGCGUGCUUUGAAUUAUCUGUCCACCUGCAUUGAUCAAGUUAACUCUUUUGGGGAUAUUCUUCAACUUGUGAUUGUAGAACUUAUUUACAAGGUGUGUCAUGCUAACCCAGGAGAGCGAGCACGAUUCAUCCGAUGCAUCUACAACCUCCUUAACUCCAGCAGCCCUGCUGUUCGCUAUGAAGCUGCCGGCACCCUGGUUACUCUUUCCUCUGCUCCAACAGCUAUCAAGGCUGCAGCAAACUGUUACAUUGAGCUGAUUGUGAAGGAGAGUGAUAACAAUGUCAAGCUGAUUGUCCUUGACCGCCUGGUGGCCUUGAAAGACACGCCUCAGCAGGAAAAGAUCUUACAAGACUUAGCUAUGGAUGUCUUGCGCAUCCUUGCCACUCCUGAUCUUGAAGUUCGCAAAAAAACAUUAAAUCUGGCUCUUGAACUUGUGACCAUGCGUUCCGUGAAUGAGAUGGUGGAGGUAUUGAAGAAGGAAGUGGGCAAAACGCACAACACUGUUGAACAUGAGGACACCGGAAAGUAUCGGCAGCUGCUUGUCCGCACACUGCAUACAAUUAGCAUUAAGUUCCCAGAAGUUGCAGCAAAUGUUAUCCCAAUCCUGAUGGAUUUCCUUUCUGACAACAAUGAACUUGCUGCCACUGAUGUGCUGGUAUUUGUGAGAGAGGCCAUCCAGAGAUUUGAGGGACUCCGCCCCCAGAUCAUUGAGCGUCUUCUCUCUGCUUUGCCAACCAUUUGUUCUGUCACUGUCCAUUGUCAUACCCUUUGGAUUCUUGGUGAAUAUGCCUCAACCACAGGAGAGAUCCUUGGAGUUGUGUCAUCUGUGCGAGGAAGUCUUGGAGAUCUUCCCAUUGUGGAGGAUGAGAUGCGCAAGGCUGCUGGUGAGGCAGGGGAAGAGGAAGGUGGUACAGAAAAGGCUGCACAACAGCAUCAGCAGCAGCAGCAGAAAGUGACAGCAGAUGGGACAUAUGCCACCCAGUCGGCCUUUUCAGCAACCACGUCCAAGAGCAAAGCUGAUGACAGACCACCAUUGAGGAAGUACCUACUGGAGGGCAAUUUUUACCUUGGUGCUGUCAUUGCAAACACACUGGUCAAGUUGGCAUUCAGAUAUAAUUCCCUGGAGAGUAAUUCAAGCAAACAGAAUGCUUUUGGUGCUGAAGUAAUGCUGGUAAUUUCAUCCAUUGUACAUCUUGGCAAGUCUGGCUUGCCUCAGAAAUCAAUGACAGAAGACGACUAUGACCGCAUGAUGCUGUGCCUGCAGGUUGUGUCGGAGCGCACACCCGGCCUGGCCUCAGUGUUCACGGAACAGUGUCGUUCAGCUCUGUCUCACAUGCUGCUGGCCAAGACUGAGGAAGAAGAGGCACAGCGACGUGACCGCAAGUCUUCCAAGGUCAUUGAACACGUCGAUGACCACAUUGCAUUUUCACACUUGACAAAGGGCAGUGACCCAUCCUCUGCUGAUGACAUGUUUGAUCUCUCCAUGUCCAUGGCUGUUAGUGGAGGAAAGAAGGAGGGGGUGGAUCUUAGUACAAGCAAAUUAAGCAAGGUGAUGCAGCUCACUGGCUUCAGCGACCCUGUAUAUGCUGAGGCUUAUGUACACAUCAACCAGUAUGACAUUGUAUUGGAUGUUCUCAUCGUCAACCAAACAUCUGACAUACUACAGAACUGCACUCUGGAGUUGGCCACUUAUGGUGAUCUGAAGCUUGUUGAAAAACCUCAGCCAGUUGUUCUUGCACCCCAUGAUUUUUGUAACAUCAAAGCCAAUGUCAAGGUAGCAUCCACAGAAAAUGGAUUUAUAUUUGGUAACAUUGUAUAUGACGUGAAGGGUUCAACAAGUGAUCGCAAUGUUGUCAUCCUCAAUGACAUCCAUGUGGACAUCAUGGACUACAUUGUCCCGGCUACAUGCACAGACCUCGAGUUCCGCCAGAUGUGGACAGAAUUUGAAUGGGAAAACAAGGUUACAGUCAACACUCAGAUGACAGAGCUGAAGUCGUACCUUGACUACUUGUGUAAAUCCACCAACAUGAAGUGUCUCACUCCUGAGAAGGCCUUCAGUGGUACUGGUGACUACAUGGCUGCCAAUCUUUAUGCCCAUUCCAUCUUUGGGGAAGAUGCUUUGGCCAACCUUUCCAUUGAGAAGCCUCUGGAUAACCCCGAGGCUCCAGUGACGGGCCACAUCCGCAUUCGUGCCAAGAGUCAGGGGAUGGCAAUCAGCUUGGGAGACCGUGUCAACAAAGUGCAAAAGGCAACCAUUAAGUCAGUUGGUGCCUGAGCAGCAGUGCCUCACGAUGUGGUGCAGGUACACUGCAAUCAGGAUGUCACUUUGAUGUUUGUCCAUUACAUGUUAUAUCAGGAUUGCUGAAUUUCUGUUGUUACAGAUUAUGGUUUUAAGUUUUGUAUGGUGGUAGCACAUCUGCAAUAUUGUGAAGUGCAUAGUUCAGUGCAUCCAUUGAUAUUUUAGAGAUUUAUUUCAUAUUACUUUGUUAUUUAAUUUACUUACUGACAUACUUGAAAUAUGUGUAGCAUUUUGAGAUCAGAAUCUUAUAUAUCAUUACUGUAAGUCCAAAAUAAAUCAAGGGAAAUA